GGAAGGGGCGGAGUCUCAGCCGCCCGGCCCGGGAUGUGAGACACGGACUAGUGUUGUGCAGUAAUAAAAACCGCUCUCUCAACCCCUGCAUGAACUUUUAGCAACGUCUCGGCCUUUUACACUUGGAGACCUGACGAAACACACGUUUUCCGAUGCUGACCCGGAUCAUUUCGCAGUGUUCUUUUUUAUUAAGUCCUCAAUAUUUCUGUCGUGUUUUUUCUUCAUCAUGGAAGCGCGUGCUUCGGGGCGCACUCGCGGUCUAAUGCUCGUGGUAGUUUUGUCUCUGUUGAAACCAACUGCUGGGGGUUUUGCGGGCAGCCCUUUGGUAACUGAAACUUAUUUAUCUACCGACACUGAGGAUUCAGAGCAAUCCAGCGAGUUUCCAACUUCCUCUAGAGCAGUGAUCAGCGAGGGGACUGCGAGGUUUGGAUACUCUUCCACAUCAAAAAUCUCAGAUCAUCCGAGUUUUUCAGAGAGGGAAUCUCACACUGCCACAGAUCAAAGUUCUGUCAAUGAGGUCACGGAGAGCUGGACAGCACCAAACAGAUCAGAUAUGUCCACUGAGUUGCUGGAUUUCAGCCCUGCAUUCAGCACUAACACAGUGACUGAGUGGGAAGAUCCUUCUACAAUAGCCAACAUCACUGAUGCCUAUACAGUAGCAGAGGCAUGGCAACCUGCAUCUGAGGUUAGGACUGUGAGAGAUCUCACUGUGACAAAGCUGACUGAGCAGGAACACACAGACCAGGAUACUACAGAAUCUGGUUCAAACACUGAUAGCGCCUACAUCUCCACCACACUUAGCCGUGCCAGAGAGCGCACACUGCUGUCCAUCACAUCCGACAGCACCUCUCCAUACAUGGAACACACCAGCUCCAGCUCCUUAGAGACAGCUCCACAUACUGUCACUGGGCAGGCGGAGAAGACAGGAAUUUCUCAGGAUAUGGUGUCCACUGAGGAUACGUUGUUUACUGAAUCUGGCCAUACAGUAGCAGAGGCGUGGCAACCUGCAUCUGAGGUUAGGACUGUGAGAGAUCUCAUUGUGACAAAGCUGAUUGAGCAGAAACACACAGACCAGGAUACUACAGAAUCUGGUUCAAACACUGAUAGCACCUACAUCUCCACCACACUUAGCCGUGCCAGAGAGCACACUCUGCUGUCCAUCACAUCCAACAGCACCUCUCCAUACGUGGAACAUACCAGCUCCAGCUCCUUAGAGACAGCUCCACAUACUGUCACUGGGCAGGUGGAGAAGACAGGAAUUUCUCAGGAUAUGGCGUCCACUGAGGAUAUGUUGUUUACUGAAUCUGGCCAUACAGUAGCAGAGGCGUGGCAACCUGCAUCUGAGUUUAGGACUGUGAGAGAUCUCACUGUGACAAAGCUGACUGAGCAGGAACACACAGACCAGGAUACUACAGAAUCUGGUUCAAACACUGAUAGCACCUACUUCUCCACCACACUUAGCCGUGCCGGAGACCGCACUCUGCUGUCCAUCACAUCCAACAGCACCUCUCCAUACGUGGAACACACCAGCUCCAGCUCCUUAGAGACAGCUCCACAUACUGUCACUGGGCAGGCGGAGAAGACAGGAAUUACUCAGGAUACAGAGUCCACUGAGGAUGCGUUGUUUACUGAAUCUGGCCAUAGUGAGGAUUUCUCUGUAAAUGCCACCCAAAAGAAGGUCUUAGAGACUGAGGUCACUCAUGGCACCCAGAUUACCCUGUCUCACACAGGACAGCCCACAGGAUCAGAUUUUGAAUCAAUGCCUAAGACUAGCAACCCCAGCUCCACUCCACCUCUUACAUUAAUCAACAGCUCUGACAGUGAGACGGACACCACAGCUGAUUCUUCCACCAACCAGACCUAUUAUACAGACAGCAGCUCAUCUUCAUCGUUCAUACCUCCAUCUGUCCCGCCAGACGUUACACAUACCAAUGUGUCUCACCAGGACAGCGAGACCACUGGUCCUACAGGUCCUGUGAGUACCAGUACAGGUGAAAAACCAGAUGAACCCAAGACCAGUGAGACACCCAAUGAACCCAUGGAAAAAACUACUAUUCCCAGUCUGACUACUGCACCUUCCACAGACUGGAAUAUGACUAACAGUGUGGAUGAGUCCCAGUCCACCCAGCAUGCCUUUGUCUCCCAAACCUAUAGUCUUCCAGAGCCCACAGAGGUGCUGAGCACAGCUGCAGGACCUUCAACCCACAUGCCAACACCUACAGAGGAGGACACACAUAAACCUAGCACUGUCCCUGUUACUAGCACCACGCUAGCUAGCACAGGCACCACAGCACCACUUACAACACAACAAUUUCAAGCCAGCACCACUGCCGAGGCUCACAGUACACCACACAGUACCCUGUCUGCCACAGAGACCACUAAGAAGACCAUGCCCACCACAGAACAGCACCACCCCACCACUGGAACAGCCACUCCCUCACUGUCUGCCAGCUCAUCCCAAUCUGGAGCUGGUUCUACUGAUCUGAGCACACUGCACUUUGAGACCAGCACUGCUACGCCAGGCAGCACCAAAGCACACAGCCAGCACACCACUGCAUCCUACAAUAAGAGCACUCCCGCCAUGAGCACUGCGGUAAUAACCACAGGAAAGCGCACUGAGACUGAAGCCACAACCUCACAGAUGCCUGUGAAGAUAAGCCUGACUCCUGGUCACAUGUGUAGGCCUCAGAUCUGUGCAAAUGGAGGCGAAUGUGUGCCGACUUUGGGUGGUUACAGGUGCAAUUGUCUGCCUGCCUGGAGAGGAGAAAACUGCACUGAGGAUGUGGAUGAGUGUGUGAGCAGUCCGUGCCCUCAAGACUCCGUGUGUGUCAACACCAGAGGUUCGUUCAGCUGUGACUGUGCCCUAGGUUAUGACCUGCAAGAUGGACGUAGCUGUACACAAACAAAGACGUUCUUAGGGAUUUUUAGUGUGAACAGUUCUCUGCAUGACUCGCACAGAGAGAUCUUACAGUUGUUGAAUGCCUCACUCUCAAACCUGCGUGGUUAUAGACGAUCGACUCUGCGGUAUUUGGACAGGUUGCACAUCCUGGCUGUGAACAUGUUUUCUAUGUCCGCUGAUGUGACCAGCAAUGACAUCUUCUUCAGGAUCCAGAUGUCUCUCAGAAACUGCAACAAACCACAGUCCCACUGUUCCUUAAAGCUCCAACACCAGCUUGCUUAUCAAGUGGAGAGUCUGUGCUCAGCCCAGAAGAAUAGAUGUGACACUCAGUAUGCUGUGUGCAAUGAUACUGAGGGAACUCCAUACUGCCAGUGCCAUGAAGGAUACUUCAAAAAGAACCCAGAGGACAGUACCUGUAGAGACUGUGGUGAUGGCUUUAAACUUGUUAAUGGAACAUGUAUGGAAUGUGCAUUUGGAUUUGGGGGAUUCAACUGCAAUAAUUUUUAUGGGCUGAUAGCAAAGGUGGUUUCUCCUGCAGCUGGGGGGUUGUUGCUCAUUGUUAUCAUUGCUCUCAUUGUAACCUGUUGCAGGAAGGACAAGAAUGACAUUAAUAAAAUCAUCUUCAAAAGUGGGGAUCUUCAAAUGUCUCCAUAUGGUGACUUUCCCAAGAGUAGUCGUGUAUCAAUGGAGUGGGGCAGGGAGACCAUUGAGAUGCAAGAAAAUGGCAGUACCAAGAAUCUCUUGCAGAUGACCGAUAUUUAUUACUCUCCAGCUCUGCGAAAUGCUGAUCUGGAGAGGAAUGGGCUUUAUCCAUUCUCAGGCCUGCCUGGUUCACGACACUCCUGCAUUUACCCAGCACAGUGGAAUCCAUCAUUCAUCAGUGAUGACUCACGGAGGAGAGAUUAUUUUUGACUCCACACUGCCUUGGAGUUAACAGUGUUCUCAUAAGAAAUGUAGCAAAGGCUCCAUUGAUAGCAAGAUGGAGCUGACCAUGGAUAGGGACAACACUGACCACUAAGUAGCCUAUGAAUGUGAAAACAAGCUGACAGGAAAGAAAUCAACAUCAUUUCAUCCGCUUCUUAGAACUGUGAAAUAAUCACAAGGGGAAUUGUGCUCAAUAUAAAUGCUGUUAGCAAAUCCAGUGUUGCACUGUUCAGUGUGUCUGUCGACACAGAUGUUUGAUCUCAAAUGGAAUAAGCCAUAGAAGUAACACAUUUAAAGUAAGGCAAAUUAUACACCUGCUAGGGUAACGUAAAUGUGUGCAUAUGUCUGUAUAAGCUUAUUGUAUUUAAGCCUGAGAAGUUAGGAGAACUCUUUAAAAGCUGGUAAGCUGUACAAAUGGUAUAUUGCUGUAGCCUGUUUUAUGAGUAGAUGUAGCAGGACAAAGUAGGUCAUUAUGUUAACAUUCCCUUAAGGACAUGCAGUGAAUUAAUCCACUUGGUGCUAUUUCUUCACAUAAUGUAGAUUACGGCACUAUACCCAUGAUACCACAAUGAACAGUGCAACAUUCUUAUUUAUUCAAUUAACUUAAUGUCAUUUACAGAUAAAUAUGCUUUCCAGUUAGAUAUAAUUUCUCAAAUCAUGAUCUACAGAACAACCUUGAGGUUUGUGUGUGUGUGUUUGUGGAUAUGUGUGUGUGUGUGUGUAUGUACCAAAUAGCUGUUAUUUUGCUAUGUGUGUGUUUAUAAGGUGUAUCAUGUUUUUGCCAAUAACUUACAUUUUUAAUAACUGAAGUAUUUUAUGCCUACAAGUAUUUCCUUUUCUCCCCUGUGGAUGGUCAUUUAAAGCUGGCGUUUUAGUCAGACAUAUUUUAAAUAAAGCAGCAGUAAUGACAA